AUGGCACCCAAUUCUGAGAGACAGUCUCGCGAUGCUGGUCAGGAGCGAACCAAUGCAGAUCUUGAACGGUCUAAUAGAGACAACGAGAGCAGUAACACAUCACUUGAAGUCCAACAUGUACCACGCGGUCGUGUAGACUUAGCAACUCCUUGUCAAGCCUCAUCUUCGACUACCUCUUCGCCACAGGAGGCGGCUGUUGCACCACGAACCUUCAACGCCUUGCCUCUAGAACUUCGAUUCAAGGUCAAGCCAUCUGUUUGGUACGAUAAAGAUCUCGAAUGGCUGCUCUCUGGCUUUCCGUCUAUCGAGCCUCCCUACCAAGUCGCAUUGGCACAACCGGCAGCAACAAGAGAAGAAAUCUUUGAAUACUAUUGUACCAAGAAUCGAUGGAUCGAAGUCUUGGUGUACGCUCCACCUGGAAUGCCUUGGAACGAGGAGGCCCCUUGCAAUCCAAAUUUCCAGAUACCACCGGAGACAUUCGCAAGGUUCUCCGAGAAUGAUCGAGCAAAAUUGCAAGGGAACAUAGCACUGACUAUCCGCUUAGGGUACGGCUGCGGUACCGCGGAUCCGCAAUAUCUCAAUGGCCGCCAGGCGUAUCGCUUCCUGUUUGCUUUUAACAAAUAUGCCUGGUUCGAAGUCUGCUGUGAUAUUGACAACAACAUCGACUCUGUCAUGAGCAUUAUGAUGGAACUUGGGCCCAAAUAUCGAGGCAACGACUCGGCCUACCUCGAACUCCUGCCUGAUUUGCUGCUAGUGCUUUCUAUCAUACGAGGCGCACAACAAGUUCAUUUCGAAGGAUCUGUCACAAAACCGGCUCUACAUGCUCUUGCAGGAAGUAUGGCAGCGGAGUUGAGUCGGCCUGGCCAUUGUCACAAUUUGACCCUUGGAAUGCACGAACUGGGCGAGCAUUACCUCCGGGAAAAGGAUCCCGGUAAUAUUACAGCCUGGUUGGAAUACAUAGGACGACUACAUCACUCAGGUCUACCAAUGUUGCGUCCUCGGAGGGAGUUUGGCGAACCUGAGCGCAACACUACGUUGUCCAAUCGAGUCGAUAUAGAAUUGACGGCUAUCAAGAUGCGCAAUGAACAUUUGAGAUACAUGGAGAUACCCAACAGUUACAAUGAUGAUAACGCAUACUUUCAGGCACUCGGAGCAUCAACAGUUACUUAUGUACACUAUGCCUGGACCUUGAUUGACAAGCAGCGCAGAACCCUUGGCGACAUGUCCAUCUGGCCAGGUCUCAACGACGAUCAGCGUCAAGAACUUCACUACCAGCAAGGCACCAACCACUUACAGACGCUCACCUAUAUCGCAUCUCCUUACAACGUGAACAUCGUCAGUGGAAAGAGGUUCGUCGACAACUGGGCUUAUAAUGACCUAUCCUCGGUUGUCUACCUCUGGGAAUAUUACGCUGCAGCUGCGAUAGAAAGAUUUCGUCUAGCUUACGAUGUCAAUCCCCAGAGUACAUUGGGCCAAAAAGCCAAAUCCUCCUAUGAAGGUCUCGAGGCACGACUUCGUCGUCGAUGGAGUUUCGAUCCCUGUAACACAAAUCCAUGGCCUGACUUCGUACAGGUAGACACUGGUGGUAGCACCUGGAGAGGCGAUUCGAAGUUAUGGAUCAAAUGGGGGUUGAGAUCUGGCUUGGACCUCGCCCCUUUCAAAACCAGGGAUGACACAUACACCUCCAGCACGCAGAGGCUGGAACAGCUUCGCGAUGAGUUCGGUCUUCCUGUCAAUUUUCAACCCCUGUGUCUGUUGCGCUUUCUCGACGUACAAACUCAGCACUGA